UAUUGGCCACUGUCACUGCACCUGUUCUACUCACCCGCCAAUCACACGCUUCGGUCGGGUGUGCUCCAAGAUGGCGGCUUCCAGUGUUUCGUAUCAGACAUCAUCGCAUAUGAAAGCUACAUAUCCCUAUCUACCGGUGGUUUAAACUUCUGAAGAGGCAGAGCACAAAAAGCCGAGUAGGGCUGAGUUGUCGCCAGUGAAAGGCAGAAAACGGUUUCCCUAUGGUUUGUUUGUGCGAGGGGCCGGUCUCGGUGUCGGUCUGAAGGGGGUUGUGUUAUCCGAGUAUGGCCACCGAGAACAGGAUCAAUUUUUGGAGGAGAAACGCAAAGGUUCCCGGAAGUGUACAGCCAGUUUAUGGAGCACAGCAUCCACCUCUCGACCCACGAUUGCGACGCACGUAUCCCAAAGACACAAAGCCCAAGUUCAACAAUCUCAAGACUAAAAAGGCCUCAAGCUUCCAUGAGUUUGCCCGCAGCACCAACGAUGCUUGGGACAUUGACGAAGAGGAGGACGAGGAUUUCCUUGGGUCCCCCGCGCCGACUUUAACCUUAACAUCAGGCCUUCACUCUACGUCCAGACAGAACCAGCAGCAGAAUCAGGCCGAUGACACAGAAACUGGGGAGUCACACAGACUGGCACCUCCCAGGACAGAAGCUCAAAACUUCCAGGAUGAGCAGGAGGAGGAGGAGGAUGCGGAGCACUGCGAGCAUGUCAACGGCAUGGUUGUCAAGUCUAGUAGCGAGGCUCACCUCAACACGUCCUCAGUUCGCUCCACACUGCAGAAGCAGCAGUCCCUCCCAGUACGUCCCAUCAUCCCACUGGUGGCUCGCAUGUCAGACCAGAACGCGUCAGGGGCACCACCUAUGACGGUGCGGGAAAAGAGCCGGCUGGACAAAUUCAAGCAGCUGCUAGCUAGUCCCAACACUGACCUAGAGGAACUCCGGAAGCACAGCUGGUCGGGCAUACCAAGAGAAGUCCGGCCAAUCACAUGGAGACUUCUCUCUGGCUACCUUCCGGCCAACAAGGAGCGCAGAGAUCUGGUGCUAAAAAGGAAGCGAGAUGAAUACUUUGGCUUCAUAGAGCAGUAUUACCACUCCAGAACAGACGAGCACUAUAAAGACACAUACAGACAGAUCCACAUCGAUAUUCCAAGAACCAACCCUCUGAUUCCCUUGUUCCAACAGCCGGCAGUACAAGAGGUGUUUGAGCGUAUUCUCUUUAUCUGGGCCAUCCGUCACCCAGCCAGCGGUUACGUCCAGGGGAUCAAUGAUCUGGUCACACCCUUCUUUGUGGUCUUCCUCUCGGAGUUUGUCACGGAGGACGUGGAGAACUUUGAGGUGGCGGCGCUUCCUCUGGACACCCAGAGAAACAUCGAAGCGGACAGCUUCUGGUGCAUGAGCAAACUGCUGGAUGGAAUACAGGACAACUACACCUUUGCUCAGCCUGGAAUCCAGAACAAAGUGAAAGCUUUAGAGGAGCUGGUCAGCAGGAUAGAUGAGGACAUUCACAAUCACUUCAAGAGGUAUGAGGUGGAGUACCUGCAGUUUGCUUUCCGGUGGAUGAACAAUCUACUGAUGAGGGAGCUUCCCCUGCGUUGCACUAUUCGUCUCUGGGACACCUACCAGGCUGAAGCGGAGGGUUUCACACACUUCCAUCUCUACGUCUGUUCUGCUUUCCUCAUUGAGUGGCGCAAAGAAAUCCUCUCUAUGGUUGACUUCCAGGGCCUUCUUAUGCUACUGCAGAACCUUCCCACAAUCCAUUGGGGUAACGAGGAAGUAGGUCUCCUCCUGGCUGAAGCUUACAGACUGAAGUACAUGUUCGCAGACGCACCCAGCCACUACAAGAGGUAGGCCCGCGGCUGCCUCACAGCAAGCACAGCACACGGUCCUCUCUGACGUCAAACCAGACCCACAGUAUCUGAUAUACUCCAGGCUGCAAGUGCUGUCUUCGAGGUAACCUGGAAGAGACUGAGGAAGACACAAAACUUUCCCUGUGAAAUUAAAUCCAGUGAAUGUCACAUUGGAUCUGGGUUCAUGGUGCACCCAUGGAGCUCAGUGAUAGGAGACUGUUUGCAGUCGAUGUACUGCACUGUAUCAAUGGACUGUUACAGUGUGAAUAACCUUGAUUUACUUCUACAGUUUUUGGUCAUGUAACAUGCUGUAAUAUAAAGGGAUGAGGUUUGUGAGAUUAUCCUUUUUAGUGAAAGAUGGCAUCUACAGAUUCUAUUUUUUGGAGAUAUGUUUUGGUAGUUGUUUUACAAGGGAAAGAAUCUUAGAUGUAAACCAGGCAACUACAAUCCUUUAUUUUCUCUUUUAAAACAUAUUUAGUCUGACACUGUUAAGCUGUUAUUAACUAGAUGGACCCCCUUUUUUCAGAUAAGAGCACUAAAUUAUGAGUAGAUAUACGUUUUGAUUCAGGGUUACCAAAUUUGCACUGUACAAUCAACUUAUAAAAUAUUGUAUAAUAUGCUUUUAUUCAAUGAGUCAGCUAAUUGGUUGCCAGUACUUUUAUUUUGGAUUGUAUUAGAUAUUAGACCUAAGAGUAGCAAAUAUUAGGUACUGUGUUUUAUUUCAGAUUGUGUUUUGGGUAAAAGUUGGAGGAACUGAUUUGGUAUCAGUUUUCCUUGGUCAUGUUGGAAUUGUACUGCCUCUGAAUAGACCAGGAGCAAUGGAUACCUUCUGCUUAAUGUAGCUUUGAAAUUCUUUGUUCGUACGUCAGCUGGAGUGGGUCUCAUUUUAUUUUGGAACCAAGAUUAAGUUUUAUAAAUUUUUGACAGUUAAAAUACAAUUUCAGUUAGCGAUCGUGGCACAUAGUAACACUGGCACAAAAUGAGAUCAGAAACAACUGGUCUGUUUUGGGAUGAAACUUUUCAAACGCAUUUCUUUUAGCAUAACAUUGAGAGUAAAUGAUCGUAUGUUCAUCUAUGAAGUAUCUAACUAGAUACCUGUGGUCACUGUAGGAACUGCAUACAGGAAGAUAACAUUGUUCAAUUUCAUCGGUUUAGGAUCAUUUCAGUCAUUCUUUAUUGAGGAAAUGCCUUGUCAAUGCUUGUUCAGUCCUGAAGGACAUUUAGUCACAGCGUCCCACUUGAGACAGUCCUGUGGACGCAGUGCAGCUCACAAUAUAUGCCAAUGCCUUUGUUAAGAGCAUUUGUAAUGUUCUCCUGUCUUUUAAAAAGUGACAUGGAUAAAUGCUAUAUUUGUCUAAGGUUCAGGUUAGGUUGGGGGGGUUGGACAUAUGUGUUACUUCUCAUCUACCUUCAUUACCAGUGAUAAUUAUAACAUGAAUAACAUGAUUGAAAGAUAUGACAAUCAUUAGCCUUUUGAUCCUUUGAUUUCCCUACCAUUACAUGUGUUUUUAAAGAUUUGUUUUAGGCAUUUUCACCUUUUAUUUGACAGAGGACAGUGUAGAAAUGGGGAGAGGGGUAUGACAUGCAACAAAGGUCCCAAGGCUGGAAACGUUGCAGUUAUAUGGCAUGAGCUGUAACUACUUGGCUACCAAGGCGCUCCAUUAGAUGUGUUUUUUGCUUUGAUCAUUCUGAAGCGAAUGCUUUGUUACGCAGUAGAAAGGUUUAAAAUCAGGAUUAAUUUGCACUACAUCCCUAGCUGUUACCCUGGUGAUUGUAGGCUGCAACAAAUUGAAUUGAGAAACAUGUUUCAUGGUAAGCACGAGUCUUAAUUCAUAUUCAGGAAUUAUUCUGUCCUUCUGAAAUGUGGCUGUUCACCCAUAGCUACUUUAUGGCCGUAUAUUCAGUGAAGUGCUUCUGAAGAUACUAUGGUACUUAAAUUGAGUCUGUGAAAUAGAUCAUUUUUAUUAUUGGAACAAUUUAACACUGUCUUAUACUAAUUUAUGGUUUAUUCAUUGCCAGUUUUUUGUAUAGCUUUGUUAAGCCAGCUAUAAUCUUCAUCAACCUUGUUUUACCCAUCUCAAACAUCUUUAAUGUUUUUGUGAGUGUUGUUGUUGAAUGUAUGCCUUUAGCCUUAAAGUUGUUUUGUUUUUUCAUUCAGGUGCGCAAACUGAUUGUUUACUCCAUGCUGUUUUUAUCUAAAGGUCAUUAUGUCCUCAGAAUAUGAUGUUGAUAACUAAAGGUUGACUAAAUUAAAAAAAGGUGUUGAUUUUUUUCAGGUGUUCAUACGUUUCAACAAUAAUAUGCCAUAUCUUUAUUGGGCCAAUACAAUCUUUUUAAAGAGUUUCAGUAGUCAGCGCUGGUCUCAGCCUCAAAUGAAGAAAUAUUAAAUAAUUCCAGUACACCUGCUGUAUAUUAACCGUUUGUUUAUAUUAAACGAUUGUUAUUCUUCA